AUGCCCGUCAUGCUGCUCUCUCGCUGUUUCUUGGUCUUGCUUAUGCCCGGUCCGUGUUUUACGGCGCCCACAUUUACGACGGCGGGAGACAGCUCUCCUUCCACUGAACCACAGGUUGACUUGAAGCUGGCCACAGGAUACCUCCGACAGUUCUACAACCUGCAUGAGGAGCCUGCGGGGCGCAUGAAGCGGAGCGGGCCCUCCUUCACCUCCAAGGUGAAAGACAUGCAGAUAUUCUUUGGUCUCAAUGUGUCAGGCGCGCUGGACUCAAACACACUGGAGGUGAUGAGUCGCCCUCGAUGUGGCGUUCCAGAUGUGGAGGAGUACAGCCACAACCAGGGGACACGGUGGAACAAGAACGUCAUCACCUACAGCAUCGGCAGGUACACCAGAGACUUGCCCCGCGGCACCGUGGACUCUCUGGUUCAAGCGGCCUUCGGCGUCUGGGCCCGAGCCAGCGGUCUGACGUUCGUCAGGUUGCACACGCGCAACGCUGACAUCGUGGUGGAGUUUGUGACCGAUGCACACGGUGACUUGUAUCCAUUCGACGGACCCAGAGGCACGCUGGCUCAUGCUUUCGGGCCCGGGCUGGGCGUCGGAGGCGACGCGCACUUUGACGACGAUGAGCACUGGACAGCAGGAGGAACAGGUUUUAAUCUGUUUGUAGUAGCUGCCCAUGAAUUUGGCCAUGCUUUGGGCCUGAAGCACUCCAGAAGCCCAAAGUCACUGAUGUACCCGACCUACACACCCUCCCGCUCCGGCAACCUGUUAUCCAGAGAAGAUGUAUCGAAUAUCAACGCACUUUACAGGCCGGUGAGAGGUUAUCCAAAUUACUUUUCGAGGUUCGGCUGGAGCUCUCGGCAAAGUCAGGAUCUGUCAGGAUCUCUGUUCCCUCAACUCAUGCACAACAAAUGUGCCUCGGACCUGACCUUUGACGCGGUGACGACCCUCGGGGACGCCACCUUCUUUUUCAGAGAAAAAUACCUCUGGAUUAAACAUAAUGAGCAUCACGACAUCAAAGAAGGUCCCAUCGGCAACUUUAUGCCCAAGAUUGAAACUGGCAUCGAUGCGGCCUUCUGGGUGCCCCGCAGAUCCACUGCUUACCUCAUUCACCAGUCUAUGUUCUGGACCGUGAGAGGCUCUCUUGUGAAGGGGAAGCCGCGAGCACUCCGGCAUUUUGGUUUUCCAGCCUGGGUCCAGGGCGUAGACGCAGCGGUGCACAUCGCGGGAACAGGACGCACCCUUUUCUUUAUGCAUGAUAUUUACUGGAGUUACAAUGAAAACCGAAGGGUUAUGGAUUUUGGCUACCCGAAGUCCAUCAGCGAGGACUUUCCUGGAGUCAACACAACAAUAAAUGCUGCUGUUUAUAAAGAAGGUUUCAUCUACUUCUUCGUCGGACCACAAGUCUACCAGUACGACUCCACCCAGAAACACGUUGUCGGAGUUGUGAAAGCAAAUUCCUGGAUCGGAUGUUGA